GCAAAGUGAAGGAGUUUGGUCCCUCUUUUAUCUUGUCCUAUUUGAUGGCCGUGCAGAAGAAAUGGAAAAAGCUGUGAUACAUUUCAUCCUCCUGGGAGUCAUCUCAGGUUUAACCAAAGGAGCUGGUGUGUUGCCAGACGGCCCUCUGAAUGCAACUGUGGGAGGAACGGUGAUGUUCACCACAACACUGACUCCACAUGAACACACAAUUCAUUCAGUGAGCUGGAUAUAUGGUGGUAUUAAACCUGUUUUCACUUUCAAUGUUAACAACAUAACUGCACCAGAGUAUGAAGGCAGGAUCUCCUUCUUCAUGUCUACUGGAUCUCUGGAGCUCAGGAAUCUGGCUCUUAGUGACAGUGGAGAGUACAGAGUUAGCAUUAUACUACCUGGACAAGCACCCCAACUUGGGAACACAAGACUGGACGUAUAUGAUCCAGUUAGUGUUCCAGUGGUAACUGCCAGCAGCACAGACUUGUUGGAGUUCAACAGCUCUGUCCGUCUGUCCUGCUCCUCCUCUGGAUCCUCUCUCUCUUUCCUCUGGUUGAACAGCAGCUCUGAGGUUACAGAGAGUGACAGAGUUCAGCUCACUGAUGGAGGCGCCAACCUCACUGUAAUUAAUGUGACCCGCUAUGAUCAGGGACCUUUCAGGUGCAAUGUCUCCAAUCCUGUCAGUGAGGACACCAGUGAACCAAUAAACCUCUCCAUCAGCUAUGGCCCAGAGAAUAUUCAUUUUACAAAAUCUCCACCACAAGAAUACAUUGAGGAAGGUUCAGACAUCAUCAUGACGUGCUCAGCUGACUCCAGACCUGCUGCUCAGUUUCAAUGGUUUCUGAAUGGAGAUCUUCAGUCUGAUACUGGGAAAGAGCUCAUACUGACCAACAUUCAGAUGAAUCGGAGUGGAAACUACAGCUGUCAGGCCUUUAACAGCAAAACUCUGAGAUAUGAAACAUCUCAGCCUGCAGCUGUCUCUGUACUGGAGAGAAUAUCAGGUGCUUUAAUCAAACCAUCAUCAAUCCUGGCGAUUGAGGGGAACUCUUUCAACUUGACCUGUGAGGCUCUGGGCUCUGUGUUUACCAGAGAGUGGAAGAAGAGAGACUCGGAUCUGAUUCUGACUGAAGACAUGACCCUGCACGACAACAACAGAGUGCUGUCUUUUAGCAGUCUGAAUAAAAAACACCGUGAAAUAUAUGACUGUAUAGUCAGCAACCCUCUCGGCAGCAAGAAAGCUUUGUACAUAUUGGAUGUGCAGUAUGGACCAGACAAUGUUCAAAUCACAGGUCUACAUGAGAUAAAAUUAAAAGGCUCUUUAGAAUUAGAGUGCUCUGCUGAUUCUGUACCACGUGCUACUUACAUCUGGAAACUGAAUGGAACAGAGAUAGACACAUCUUAUGUUUUCACUAAAGACAACGCUGAAUUCAACGACAGCGGCAGCUACAUCUGUGAAGCAACGAACGCUAUAACUGAGAGAACAUCUUCGUCUGCAGUCCAUGAAUUGUCUGUAACAGAAGAACUCCCAGUAGUAACAUCAGGCUGUUCGGGUGGUUGCAUCGCUGGAAUAGUAAUCGCAGUUUUAGUGGUGUGUGCAGCAGCAGCUGGUGGUGGAGGGUUCUACUUUUAUAAAAAAAAAAUCAACAACAAACCUCUGCCACAUUCUGGUAAUAAAGAAGAAAUGGAAAAAGCUGUGAUACACUUUGUCAUCCUCGGAGUCAUCUCAGGUUUAACCAAAGGAGCUGGUGUGUUGCCAGACGAUCUUCUGAAUGCAGCUGUGGGAGGAACGGUGAUGUUCACCACAACACUGACUCCACAUGAACACACAAUUCUAACAGUGAGCUGGAUAUAUGGUGGUAAUAAACCUGUUUUCACUUUCACUGGUAACAACAUAACUGAACCAGAGUAUGAAGGCAGGAUCACCUUCUUCAUGUCUACUGGAUCUCUGGAGCUCAGGAAUCUGGCUCUUAGUGACAGUGGAGUCUACAGCGUUAGCAUUAUACUAGAUGGACAACCACCCCUAGCUGGGAACACAAGACUGGACGUAUAUGUUCCAGUUAGUGUUCCAGUGGUAACUGCCAGCAGCACAGACUUGUUGGAGUUCAACAGCUCUGUCCGUCUGUCCUGCUCCUCCUCUGGAUCCUCUCUCUCUUUCCUCUGGUUGAACAGCAGCUCUGAGGUUACAGAGAGUGACAGAGUUCAGCUCACUGAUGGAAACUCCACUCUCAAUAUAACUAAUGUGACCCGCUAUGAUCAGGGACCUUUCAGGUGCAAGGUCUCCAAUCCUGUCAGUGAGGACACCAGUGAACCAAUAAACCUCUCCAUCAGCUAUGGUCCAGAAAAUAUUCAUUUGACAACAUCUCCACCACAAGAAUACUAUGCUGAAGGUUCAGACAUCAACAUGACGUGCUCAGCUGACUCCAGACCUGCUGCUCAGUUUCAAUGGUUUCUGAAUGGAGAGCUGCAGUCUGAUACUGGACCAGAGCUCAGACUGAUCCACAUUCAGAUGAAUCAGAGUGGAAACUACAUCUGUCAGGCUUUUAACAGCAGAACUCUGAGAUAUGAAACAUCUCAGCCUGCAGCUGUCUCUGUACUGAAUAUGCUGCACAAUGUAGAUGGUCCAGAGAAUAUUAAUUUGACAAAAUCUCCACCACAAGAAUACUAUGCUGAUGGGUCAGACAUCACCUUGACGUGCUCAGCUGACUCCAGACCUGCUGCUCAGUUUCAAUGGUUUCUGAAUGGAGAGCUGCAGUCUGAUACUGGACCAGAGCUCAGACUGAUCAACAUUCAGAUGAGUCAGAGUGGAAACUACAGCUGUCAGGCCUUUAACAGCAAAACUCUGAGAUCCCUAAUGUCUCAGCCAUCAGUUGUCUCUGUACUGGAAGAACUCCCAGUAGUAACAUCAGGCUGUUCGGGUGGUUGCAUCGCUGGAAUCGUAAUCGCAGUUUUAGUGGUGUGUGCAGCAGCAGCUGGUGGUGGAGGGUUCUACUUUUAUAAAAAAAAAAUCAACAACAAACCUCUGCCACAUUCUGGUAAUAAAGAUGAAAUGGAAAUAUCUGUGAUACACAUCAUCAUCCUGGGCGUCAUCUCAGAACUGUCUCCUCCAGGUUUAACCAAAGGAGCUGGUGUGCUACAAGACGAUCUUCUGAAUGCAGCUGUGGGAGGAACGGUGAUGUUCACCACAACACUGACUCCACAUGAACAAACAUUUCAAUCAGUGAGCUGGAUAUAUGGUGGUAUUAAACCUGUUUUCACUUUCAAUGUUAACAACAUUACUGCACCAGAGUAUGAAGGCAGGAUCUCUUUCUUCAUGUCUACUGGAUCUCUGGAGCUCAGGAAUCUGGCUCUUAGUGACAGUGGAGAGUACAGCGUUAUCAUUGGACUAGCUGGACAACUACCCCUACUUGGGAACACAAGACUGGACGUAUAUGAUCCAGUUAGUGUUCCAGUGGUAACUGCCAGCAGCACAGACUUGUUGGAGUUCAACAGCUCUGUGCGUCUGUCCUGCUCCUCCUCUGGAUCCUCUCUCUCUUUCCUCUGGUUGAACAGCAGCUCUGAGGUUACAGAGAGUGACAGAGUUCAGCUCACUGAUGGAGGCGCCAACCUCACUAUAACUAAUGUGACCCGCUAUGAUCAGGGACCUUUCAGGUGCAAUGUCUCCAAUCCUGUCAGUGAGGACACCAGUGAACCAAUAAACCUCUCCAUCAGCUAUGGCCCAGAAAAUAUUCAUUUGACAAAAUCUCCACCACAAGAAUACUAUGCUGAAGGUUCGGACAUCACCUUGACGUGCUCAGCUGACUCCAGACCUGCUGCUCAGUUUCAAUGGUUUCUGAAUGGAGAGCUGCAGUCUGAUACUGGACCAGAGCUCAGACUGAUCAACAUUCAGAUGAGUCAGACUGGAAACUACAGCUGUCAGACCUUUAACAGCAAAACUCUGAGAUCCCUAAUGUCUCAGCCAUCAGUUGUCUCUGUACUGGAGAGAAUAUCAGGUGCUUUAAUCAAACCAUCAUCAAUCCUGGCGAUUGAGGGGAACUCUUUCAACUUGACCUGUGAGGCUCUGGGCUCUGUGUUUACCAGAGAGUGGAAGAAGAGAGACUCAGAUCUGAUUCUGACUGAAGACAUGACCCUGCACGACAACAACAGAGUGCUGUCUUUUAGCAGUCUGAAUAAAAAACACCGUGAAAUAUAUGACUGUAUAAUCAGCAACCCUCUCGGCAGCGACGAAGCUUUGUACAUCUUGGAUGUGAAGUAUGGACCAGACAAUGUUCAAAUCGCAGGUCUACAUGAGAUAAAAUUCAAAGGCCCUUUAGAAUUAGAGUGCUCUGCUGAUUCCGUACCACGUGCUACUUACAUCUGGAAACUGAAUGGAACAGAGAUAGACACAUCUUAUGCUUUCACUAAAGACAACGCUGAAUUCAACGACAGCGGCAGCUACGUCUGUGAAGCAACGAACGCUAUAACUGGGAGAACAUCUUCGUCUGCAGUCCAUGAAUUGUCUGUAACAGAAGAACCCCAAGUAGUAGUAGUCGAAGGCUGUUCGGGUGGUUGCAUCGCUGGAAUAGUAAUCGCAAUCUGUGCAGUAGUUGGUGGUGGAGGGUACUACUUUUAUAAAAAAAAGUGA